AUGUCCCCCUCCCCCGUCAGAGAAGGAGUGACUGAACAGAGGAACAGUGAUGAGGUGACGUUAAGCUGCUUUGUGUUCACAUAUACACAGUGUGAAUACUUAGUGACGUUGGCACUAAGGGAAGAUGCCAAACAGGGAACUACGUCACCGUCUUUGUGCUGGGCCACGGCUUCCUUUCCCACUUCUCAUUUAAUUUACACAUCAAAGAAGUAUGAGUUGUUCCAGUGUGAACUGACAGAGUAUUGCACUGGAAAGGUGCAGCGGUUCACCUUCAGACCUCAGUCCUCAGGCAGGGCUACAGAACCAUUAAUAUCAGAACAGACAAACUCGACAACAACACAAGAAGCUGCUACAGAUUGUUCUGCUCUGACCUUCAUCAUGUUGCUGAUGCGUGUGGCUGAACUCCUCCUCAUCACUGUGAUCACUGUUCUCCUCGUCAGAGCUCGAGGGAACCAGAGAGCACCUGAAUGCAACACUGUCUCAGACUCAGUGAGAAGCACAACAGUGAUGCGUUCAGGUGCAGCAGCCAGUCAGGUGCAGGAUGAUGGAGGUGUAUGUGAUGCUACAGUGAACUAUGAAAACGUGACACCAGACCCAUCAGCUCCCGUCAGAUUCAACAGGAUUGACAUUUAAUCUGCAUCUAGCGCCAUUAUUUCAUCCACGUGUGCUGUGGUGCCACCUGUAGGUGAAACACCGUCAGUCACUGUUAAUGUGUAAUUAUAUGGAUUUGGUUGCAUCAAUUAAAGGUGGAGUUUAUAUCAAAUAAGCUGCAUUUAUAGGAUUGUAAGUUUUUAACGCGGUGGCAUAAGAACAAACAGAAAUACAUGAACUCAGACUCAUUUCAGCAGUUUGGGUUAAAAAUAUCCACGUACUCUGAUCUAAUGUAAAUGUAUAAAACCCUUUUCAAACAUUAAA